AUGACAGCAAGACUUCUAAGAACACCCCUGGCUUUGCUCUUCCUUGGCCUCUUUGGGAUCCUGAAGGCGACAACAAUAUCGUGCAGAAACGAGGAAGGUGAAGCUGUGGAUUGGUUUACAUUUUAUAAGUUGCCUAAAAGGCAAGACAAGGAAAGUAGAGAGACUGGGGUAGAGUACCUAUACCUAGACUCUGCAACCAGAAGCUGGAGAAGGAGUAAGCAACUAAUGAAUACCACCAAGAGUGUUUUGGGAAGGACAUUACAACAGCUAUAUGAAGCAUAUGCUUCCGAGGAUAACAACACAGCCUAUCUAAUAUACAAUGAUGGAGUCCCUAAAUCCAUGAAUUACAGCAGAAAGUAUGGACACACCAAAGGUUUACUUCUGUGGAACAGAGUCCAGGGGUUCUGGUUGAUUCAUUCCAUUCCCCAUUUUCCUCCAAUUCCUGAAGAAGGCUAUGAUUAUCCACCCACAGGGAGACGAAAUGGACAAACUGGCAUCUGCAUAACUUUCAAGUACAACCAGUAUGAAGCAAUAGAUUCUCAGCUCUUGGUGUGCAACCCAAAUGUUUAUAGCUGUUCCAUCCCAGUAACCUUUCACCAGGAGCUCGUUCACAUGCCCCAGCUGUGUGCCAGAUCCAGCUCAUCAGAGAUCCCUAGCCGGCAACUCACCAGACUUCAGUCAGCCCAAGGACAAAAAUUCCUCCAUUUUGCAAAGUCUGAUUCUUUUCUUGACGACAUCUUUGCAGGCUGGAUGGCUCAAUGGUUGAAGACGCACUUGCUAACAGAAACCUGGCAGCGAAAGAGACAAGAGCUUCCUUCAAACUGCUCCCUUCUUUACCAUGUCUACAAUGUCAAAGCAAUUAAGUUAUCUAGACAAUCUUAUUUCAGCUCUUAUCAGGAUCAUGCCAAAUGGUGUAUUUCCCAAAAGGGCACCAAAAAUCGCUGGACAUGUAUUGGAGAUCUAAAUCGGAGCCCACACCAAGCCUUCAGAAGUGGAGGAUUCAUUUGUACCCAGAAUCAGCAUAUUUACCAAGCAUUCCAAGGAUUAGUUUUAUAUUAUGAGAACUGUAACUAA